AGCCUGUCUCUCGAAACGCCCGCAGUCCCAGGUUCAGAGGUCGCAGGGCUGAGCCAUGGCAAACAAGCGCGACGCCAUCCUGGAGGCACUGGAGAACCUCACUAAAGAGGAGUUCAAGAAGUUCAAGCUGAAGCUGGGCCUGGUGCCGCUCCGCCAGGGCUUUCGGCGCAUCCCUCGGGGGACCCUUGAGCUGGUGGAUGCCAUUGACCUCACCGACAGGCUGGUUGCGUUCUACUGCGAGGACUACGGCGCCGAACUCACAGCAACGGUCCUGCAGGACAUGGGCAUGCAGGAGCUGGCCGCACAGCUUCGGGCGGUUGCGUGAGCCCCCAACCCGGGGAAUCCAUUCAAGCACUCCGAGUCUGAUUACUAUGAUGAGCAAGGCUUGGCGUUCUGGGGUCCUCUGCAGAGGGGAGCCUGGGUUGAGCGGCUCCGGGCAGGAGGCCGCUGCCCUAUGCUGGGGGACCACAGCCAGAAUUGGGCUGGACUAAGCAAUACAGGAGCAAGAGACACGACUGUGAGACUGGACCCUAGGAAAGUCCGGGAGGCUGGACUAUCGACCGGACUGUGAUCUACCCUCUCCAGAGAGCGACUGGUGAGAGCAGCAAAGCGGUGAAAGUAGAUCUGCGCGGGCGGUCGCAGGAGACCCAAGCUGCAGCUUCCCGCUCCCGGGAGAACCGCCCCUAGCCUCCUCCUCCCUCCCUCCCUCCCUCGUCUCUGCACCUGUUGUUUGCUUUUCCAUAGCCCAAUAAAUAAUAACUGACGUUCCUGCACUA